AUGAUAGAGAUAUACAAUGAACAAGUGAGAGAUCUUCUUGGCACAGAUGCCUCACACAAGAAAUUAGAUAUUCGAAACAAUGGACACAACGGAUUUAAUGUACCAGAUGCCAGUGUUUUGCCAGUUAAUUCGAUAUCUGAUGUCUUAGACUUGAUGAAUUCUGGCCAAAAGAAUCGCACUAUUAGCUCUACCGCCCUCAAUGACCGCAGCAGUCGUUCUCACAGUGUAUUGACUGUGCAUGUACAAGGCACAGAUUGUGUAUCUGGAUGCAGCCUUCAUAGCUGCCUACAUUUAGUGGAUCUUGCUGGAAGUGAGAGGGUGGACAAUCCUGAAGUAACAGGAGAUCGGUUGAAGGAGGCCCAGCACAUCAAUAAGUCUCUUUCAUCUCUAGGAGAUGUGAUUGCAGCACUGGCACAGAAAAAUUCACAUGUACCAUAUCGAAACAGCAAGUUGACUCAAUUGCUUCAAGAUUGGUUAGGGGGUCAGGCAAAGACCUUGAUGUUUGUUCACAUUAGUCUUGAAUUGGAUUUGUACGGAGAGACACUUAGCACUCUUAAAUUUUCUAAAAGGGUGGCUACCGUUGAACUUGGUGCUCCUCGGGUAAACAAAGAAAGUGCAGAAGUCCGUGAUUGGGAAAUCGAGUUGGCUUACCUACUUUCAAAUAAAACUAACAAUCUGAACGUUUUCACUCAUUUGGAGUUGAAAAACAAUCAGAGCCGAUCCGUGUCUUCAAAUUUGUUUUCCAAGAAGAUUCCUGAUGAAAAGACAGCAAAUUCUAUACCAGGUGAUAGAAAUCAUUGCUAUGCAGAGGUUAAUAGAAACUAUGUCAAAUCUAUUAAUAGUGUAAGGGUUGGAAGCAAUCGUGAAUCUGAUCUGGAGACGGUUUGCAAUGGCAAUACUCCAAAUAAAAGUGGGCUUAAGACGGCCAAUGAGGGAAGUUCUACUGAAUCACCAUACAAUAAAAAUGAAGAUUCAUCAGAGCGUUCUGGUGAAAGUGAUGGUUCAGAUGCUGGUGAUUUGUCCACCGUAUUUGCAGAUGACCAUGGAGACCGCAAAUGGGUGGAGGGACAAAUAGAAACUUUCAAGCAAAUCUAUAUGGUGUAG